UCCCCAACUCUCUCCAUCACUCAUCACUACACACUUCUCAUUUUGCAAACAGUCAAAAGCCCCUAAAACUAAGAAAAAAUGGCUGGUCUAGUGAAGUUGGCAUGCUUGGUCUUGGCCUGCAUGAUUGUGGCCGGUCCAAUAGCAACGAACGCGGCUCUAAGCUGUGGAACCGUUAGCGGUAACUUGGCAGCAUGCAUUGGCUACUUAACCCAAAAUGGGCCUCUUCCAAGAGGGUGCUGCACUGGCGUUACUAAUCUAAACAACAUGGCCCGUACAACCCCGGACCGUCAGCAAGCUUGCCGUUGCCUUGUAGGAGCCGCUAACUCCUUCCCUACUCUCAACGCUGCCCGUGCUGCUGGACUUCCUAAGGCAUGUGGAGUCAAUAUUCCUUACAAAAUCAGCAAAAGCACCAACUGCAACAGCGUUAGAUGAGCAGCGGUCGGAUGAAGAAACUCAAGCGGACGUACGAAUCUAAUAUAAUGUAUGAGAGAGUACUAAAUAAGAUGUUCGAAUGGUUGUUUUUCUAGUGUUUUAAAAUUUCAUGUUUUCUCUUCUGUUGUGUCGUUCCUUUACUUUGGUCCUAUGUACUAUGUUCGUAAUCAACGUCCGCUAUAUGAAGUUCAUAUCCAAGGUUUACGUUA